AUGGAACCAAAUGCACUAGGUGGUGGAAUAUUUUCUAACAUCAGUAGUGGAUUGGUAGGAGUAGAAAACCCUUUACAACAACAACAACAACCAAACCUCCAAAAUCAGCAAAACCCUCACCCUUUGCAUCAUCCUCAAAUGGUUUCUUAUGCUACCCACCAUGACACUGACGCGCAUCAGCAAUCAAUAAAACAUGGUUACAACUAUUCAGCCACCAAGACCAACAAGCCACAAAGCACCCUCAGUGAUGAAGAUGAACCUGUGUUCACAGCCGAUGACAACAGUUCUGGGGACCCCAAGAGGAAAGUUUCACCAUGGCAUAGAAUGAAGUGGACUGAUACCAUGGUUAGGCUCUUAAUAAUGGCGGUUUAUUACAUUGGAGAUGAGGCUGGUUCUGAAGGCACUGAUCCCGCAGGGAAGAAGAAAGCCACGGGAUUGCUGCAAAAGAAAGGGAAAUGGAAAUCAGUUUCAAAGGGCAUGAUGGAGAAAGGUUACUAUGUGUCUCCUCAGCAAUGUGAAGACAAGUUCAAUGAUUUGAACAAAAGGUACAAACGGGUCAACGACAUUCUAGGCAAGGGAACAGCUUGUAGGGUGGUGGAGAACCAAAGCCUGUUGGAUACGAUGGAUUUGUCACCAAAGAUGAAAGAAGAGGUUCGAAAACUACUCAACUCCAAGCACUUGUUCUUCAGGGAAAUGUGUGCUUACCAUAACAGUUGUGGUCAUGGGAGCAACAACAACAAUAAUGGAGCUUCUAAUGUGCAACAAUCAGCAGAAGCUGGAACUGAGUCUCAACCACAACAUCAUCAUCAUCCACAACAACAACUACAUCAGCAGCAACGAUGUUUCCAUUCAUCAGAAAAUGGGGUGGGGAGUUUGAGAAUGUUGAGAGAGAAUGAUGAUGAGGAAGAGGAUGAUGACUCAGAGGACUAUUCUGAUGAGGAGGAAGAGGAAUCAGCAGAAGGAGGAUCAAGGGGUACUCAAGUAGAGGAUGAUGAGAAUGAUGGGAUGAGGAAGAGACCAAAGAAGGGAGGGUUUGGUGUAUCAUCAUCUCAGGUUAUGCAGCAAUUGAGUAGUGAAGCAAAUGGUGUGCUGCAAGAUGGAGGGAAGAGUCGUUGGGAGAAAAAGCAGUGGAUGAAGAAGAGGGUGGUGCAGUUGGAGGAGCAGCAGGUAGACUAUCAAGUGCAAGCGUUUGAGUUGGAGAAGCAGCGGUUGAAAUGGACCAGGUUUAGCAGCAAGAAGGAGAGGGAAAUGGAGAGAGAUAAGCUUGAAAAUGAAAGGAAAAGGUUGGAAAUAGAGAGAAUGGUCUUGCUGCUUCGCCACAAGGAGCUUGAAUUAUUGAAUAUUCAGCAGCAAAAGCAACAGCAUCAGCAGCAACAUUCUUCUACCUAG